AUGAAGUUCUACCGCGCACUCGCUCUUCUUCCUCUUGCCGCUGCAGCGCCAACCAACCCUAAUCUCGGAGGUGUUUCUUCAGGCUCUCCAGAUCCGACUCAGGUCCACAUCAAGGCAAUCACCUACGGUGGGACAGGCUGCCCUCAGGGUUCUCUUGAUUAUAUCAUCUCUGAUGACAGAACCACCGUCACUCUGAUCUUCGAUUCGUACGUUGCAUCGAUCGGGCCUGGCAUUGCAGUUACCGAGCAAAGGAAGAACUGCCAGCUUAACGUCGACAUCACUUAUCCCGGAGGAUUCCAGUACUCAGUCUUCAGUGCGGACUACCGUGGCUACGCUGCGAUUGACAAGGGUAUCACCGGUGUACUCAAAUCAACUUACUACUUCUCUGGCCAGACUCAACAGACCAGCACGGAAUACGACUUCGUGGGUCCAGUGAAUGGGGACUACCUGAAGCACGACGAGGCCGACAGCACCUCUGUCAUCUGGUCCCCCUGCGGUGCUGAGGGCAUGCUCAACAUCAACUCCCAGGUCCGCCUGACAAGCGCCAAUUCCUCGUCCUCGGGUCUCCUGACCACGGAUUCCCUUGACGCAAAGUUCUUGCAGGUCGUCUACGUCGGCUGGCAGACUUGCAAAGCAUAG